UCCGCGCGCUCCCCCCCCUGCUUCCCAGUCGAUCUGAGUUGUGCAAAUUGUCGCAAUGGCGCAGGAGCUGAGCGGCCUCACGGACGAGCAAGCGUACGCCGCCUGUUCCGAGCCGGACCCCGAUACCCAGGAUUUCAUUAUGCAACAGACCAUGCUGAGAGUGAAAGAUCCGAAAAAAUCUCUGGAUUUUUAUACCAGAAUCAUUGGAAUGACGCUGCUGCAAAAAUUUGACUUUCCCUCAAUGAAGUUCACACUUUACUUCCUGGGCUUCGAGGACAAAAAGGAAAUCCCGGGAGAAAAGAAUGAGCACACGGCCUGGACGUUCUCUAGGAGAGCCACCAUCGAGCUGACGCACAACUGGGGCACUGAGGUUGAUGAAAACCAAGCCUACCACAAUGGGAAUUCUGACCCCAGAGGAUUUGGUCACCUGGGCAUUGCUGUCCCUGAUAUUUACGUAGCCUGCAAGCGGUUUGAGGAACUGGGGGUGAAAUUUGUGAAGAAGGUGGAUGAUGGUAAAAUGAAGGGGCUUGCUUUCAUUCAGGACCCAGAUGGUUAUUGGAUUGAGAUUUUGAGCCCAAACCAAAUGCUUACCAUAGUCCCUUAGGUGUGAAGCGUGAACUAUGAGACUCGACGACAAUUUGGAUACACUUGACAACAUCACCCGCCCCAUGCAGGACGGAGAUUUGCCACAACUAUAAAUAUAAUUGUACUGUUUUGGAAUUCAGGCAAACUGGUUUUGUGAAUAGUAUUUUUUAGCUUGUCUCUUGGCAGUCAAGAUCAGCUUCCUGGUAAAUUAUAAAUUGUAAAGGAAGUUUGCAGCUUGAAUGUUCUACACGUAUGAAGUCCCCAAGAGCCGAAUGUGUGAAGCCUGGACUAAUCAUGUUUAAAGUGAAGAGUUUAUCCUAAUUCAUCAAUUAUUUCCUCCUUGCAAUUUUCACCAAAAGGAGCAGGGUAAAAUGGUUGAUUUAAAAAAAAAUUUGCAGCAUAUAUGUUUAGAAGCCAGUUUUAAAUUACAAAUCCCCAUUUCCAUUUCUGUUGGAGUACUUUCAAAUUCUAGUGUCAACUGUAAAUUCAAUGCCAAAAGGAUGGAGAAAAUCAACCUCAGUUCUUGCAAUGAGCGAUUUUAACUUGGAAAAUCCUGAAGUGGAUUGUAGUUGGUGAAAAUUUGUCUUGAUGGAGAUAAUCUGGGACCCUCAGCUGUUUAAAAUUGUUAACGAGAAAUUGUUCUAUUGGAAGUUGCUUUCUUUCCAGUCUUAAUUUAACUUAGAAAUAUGAAAUAUAACUGCAGUAUUAAAGACUACAAUCUGUCACCACUGCCCAGAAUUUGGGUAAAAAAUACCCAGGCUCCUCGCUUACUAAAAUCCUGUUGGUGUUUAAAUUUUCUUAAUCAGGAGGAUUCUUAUUGUGCUUUGAACAGCAGCAAGCCAGGCACACCUUUGGCAACAGUCUCACCUGCAAAUUUGUAGAUUAAUUGAAUGUCUAUUUCUGUUAAAUAGAAAUUAUCAUCAUGCAGGGCCUGAUUUGUGAUAAAUGUUUUCCUUAAUGUUCAUUUUUGGAAUUUUGCCUGUUUUUACAAAAUAAAAUAAAAUCUAAAUGGGCUAAGUC